AUGCCCCUGAUUGUAGGAUUACUGGCAAAUACCGUUCCUGCUGCAUUCUGGGUUCACUUUGAGCUUUUCUCGAGACCACAAUUGCUCGAAGAGAUACGCGAAGAGGUAGAGCAGAACACCCUCAAGACCGCACCCGACGGUACGCAUAUCAUUUAUGUGCGGUACUUUCGCGAUUGCCCACUUCUCCUCUCGGUGUACCAAGAAGUCCUCCGGACAAGGUCAACAAUGGUGGCCGUCCGGUUCGUGACACAGGAUGUUGUCCUCGCGGACAAAUAUUUUCUCCGUUCUGGAACCAUGCUCUUCAUGCCAGUGAAGGAAUUGGGCCGAGAUCAGAGCGCUUGGGGAAAUUCGGCUGACGAGUUCAACGAACGAAGGUUCAUGAGAUCCACUACAACAACCGGGAAUAAUGGUGGCAAGAAAAAGGAGCCCCGGCGCACCGGCGCGUUUAUGGCAUUCGGUGUUUCUCCCUCAAUCUGCCCAGGGCGCCACUUUGCCACUAGUGAGAUCUUGGCACUAGUAGCCAUGACUGCCUUACGAUACGAUGUUACUUCGGUCGAUAGGCUCUGGAAUGCGCCACCGAAAGUAAAUUCGGCAACCAUAUCCAACAUGUGUCCGGUUGAGGGAAUGUUCCCCGUGACCGUGAAAAAGAGACAGAAGUAUGAUGGGAAGUCGUGGCAGUUCGAAGUUACUGAAGGUAAAGGGCAGUUCAAUUUGGCUGUGGGUUAG